AUGGAUUUAUGGGAAAAAGAUUAUCAAAAAGCCUUAGAAAAUGGAAAAGAAAUAAAAAAAAUUUUAAGACAAAAUGAAAAAGAAAAGAAAAAGGCUAAAAAUAGAGCAAUUUUAAGAGGGAAAAUAACUGAAUUUAAUCAAAACAUAAAAUUUCUAACUCAUCAAUUAAAUAAUGACUAUAUAAAGAAUGACAAAAUAUAUCAACGGAAUAUAACCAAAUAUAAAAAUAAAAUGUGUACAUUAGAAAAACUUAAAAAAGAAAUAUCUACAUUAUAUGAAGAUUUUACAUCAACAAAUAAGGAAGAUGUUUCACUUAGUAUAAAUAUGGAUAAUAUAAAUGAUUUUGAUAAUGAAAAUGAUCUAUAUAUAAAUGAUUUAAAUAAGGAAGAGCUACUACUAAAACAACAAAGCUUAAUAAAAUUGCAAGAUGAACAAUUAAACUUCCUUGAAGGAACAACACAUAAUUUAAAAAAUAUUAGUUACAACAUAAAUAAUGAACUAAAUGUACAUAAUGAACUAUUAGAUGAUAUAGACAAAGAUAUAGAUGAAACAAAUAACUUACUAAAUAGAAAUCGAAAUAUUUUUACAAGAGUUACUAGUAAUACAAGUAAUUAUUUUUUGUAUGUAAUAAUUGGUAUCUUAACAACUACUCUUAUACUUUUUAUAAUUUUACUUUAG